AACAUCGAUGCUGAGCUGAUCCACCCGGGAUGCUGACAGUGAAGGAAAAAGAAUCCUGAGCAGUGUGUAUCACCUGCAGUCUGCUCCUCACCCUGUCAUCUCUGCUUUGAUCAGACUGUACACUCUCAUUUAAAGAAGUUCAGUAGUAGCCUCUGGGCUCUGGUCCCGGUGAACUCUGACCCCUGACGCACCGCCGCCCUUCAUCACCCCCUCCCCUCCUUCUCCUCCCCUCGCCAUGUCCAACGACAGCAGCCUCCUCGGUGUGUGGGAGGCCUCUGAUUGGGUAGACACCUCUCAGUGCCCGCCCUCGGUAGGGGGGGCCACGUUCUUGAUCGUGGCGUACAGCGCUGUCAUAGCCAUCGGGUUGCUAGGUAACGCCGGCCUGGUGUUCAUCAUCGCCCGGCAACAGGAGUUGCGCAACGUCACCAACAUCCUGAUCGCCAACCUGUCCUGCUCUGACAUCCUGAUGUGUGUGGUGUGUCUGCCUGUGACCGUCAUUUACACACUGAUGGACCGCUGGGUGCUGGGAGAGGCCCUGUGUAAGGUGACUCCCUUUGUUCAGUGCAUGUCAGUGACAGUUUCCAUCUUCUCCUUGGUGCUGAUCGCUCUGGAGCGCCACCAGCUGAUCCUCCACCCCACCGGCUGGUCCCCCGCCGCCGGACACUCGUACCUGGCUGUGGGGCUGACGUGGCUGGUCGCCUGCUUCAUCUCUCUGCCCUUCCUCUCCUUCAACAUCCUCACUAAUGACCCCUUCCAGAACAUCAGCCUGCCCGCCAACCCCUUCAGGGACCACCUGAUCUGUAUGGAGCUGUGGCCGUCAGAUAAGCAUCGUCUUGCCUACACGACCUCUUUGCUGCUCUUCCAGUACUGCCUGCCUCUCCUGCUGGUUCUCCUCUGCUACCUCAGGAUCUUCCUACGCCUGAGACGACGCAGGGACAUGCUGGAGCGCAGCAGGAGGACUCGGGGAGCCCAGAGGAUUAACGUCAUGCUGUUGGCCAUCGUCAUCGCCUUCGCUCUGUGCUGGCUGCCGCUGAAUGUCUUCAACACACUGUUCGACUGGCACCACCAGGCCCUGCCCGACUGCCAGCACGACGCCGUCUUCUCCGCCUGCCACCUGACGGCGAUGGCCUCCACCUGCAUCAACCCCGUGGUGUACGGCUUCCUCAACAGCAACUUCCAGAGGGAGCUGAAGGCCACGCUGCAGCGCUGCCAGUGCGGCAACCGGGCGGCAGAGAGCUACGAGAGCUUCCCUCUGUCCACUGUGGGCAGCGAGGGCAUGACGAAGGCCACCUCCCUCAACAGGAUGGGAUCAGUGUGCGUUCCCUCGCCCAGACCUGAGAUCAGCUCAGCAUUACCAGCAAAAACUAUACCAGCUAACACCUAACAGCGAGCACCAUCAAACUGUGUGUGUUCGGGAGGCAAACGAAAGCUGGAGCAGUGUGUGAGACACAAACAGCUGAGAUCUCUGAGCAAGUCAAACACAACUUUACUUCAUUUCCAUAACUUUCCUGACAGAGUGGGAGCAGCUUAUUUCACCCAGCUGAACUGACAGCAAGAGACGAAACCGCUCAUGUAGCUUCAGGUCCAGAAUGUGAGAAGCAAAAUCUUGUAAAUGGACUGAGAGAGAGACGGAGCUCCGAAGGGAAAACAGACGAGAUGGUAGAACUGGCCUUUUGCUAAGCCCCGCCCCCUUAGUUACUGUUGCUAUGUCAGUUGCAUUCUAGAACAGUGUGUUACUGAUGUCACGUGCUUUAAGUCUGAAACAACAUGGACUGCUGUAAAGAAGAAGUGUAGCAUUUUAUUGCUCAUAACAUUCAACAUGUUAAACAACACGUGAUUUACCUGAACUCAUCAGUUACCUUUCUAACUAAGUCGCUCUAGAAGCUAAAGCUAAAGGCUACAGCCUGACAGUAGUCUAUAUUACAAAUUAGAUUUUAGUUAGCUAUGUGUGCUAACAUCUGCAGCUAGCAUAAAAGCAGAUGAACACGCAGCGUUGUUCACUCUUUACAUUUUCUGCUUGUGUAUUUUUGGUUUUGGAAAGAAAAACAGAAAGACAUGGCCAGCCAAACUCUUCAUAUUCUCUUUAAUAAGAGUUGUGUGUAGAUCACUGUUGGCGAGUGGGGAUUAGCAAAAGGUCAAAGAUGAGGAAGAAACUGAUUUAAAGGACCAUAAACUGAAAAGGAAUGAAUGUGAUAGACUGUUCUAGCAGAGGAAAUGGAGACAGCUCGCUGACAUACUCGUGUUUUAUAUGUAAAUGAUCAUUAUGAUAGUUAACACUGUUGAUAAGCAUGCCUUAGUGAGCAUUUUGUGGUGGAGAUAAGCAGUGCUUGACUUAAAUACAGUGGAGGUAAACGAGGCUGCUAAACAUUAAUGUAUUAUAUAACUCAUAAACUACUACUUUCAUUAUAAACCACUGGACGAGUGCUUUUAGAAAAAGAGAAUUUAGACUGAAUCUGAACGGACUUUCUCCUGGUUUCAGUGGCUGAGUUAUAAAUACAGUGACGUGUAUGAGAGAUGUAGUUGUUAUUGAUGCCACUCAGCCUUACUUUUUCUGAAUGAGAUGAAACUUUGUAGGAAUGUUUAAAGUACUGAGGUCUCAGUGCAUUUUGUAGCAGCUGUCAGACCCAACAGGAAACAGACCAAGAGACGUUUUCAGCAUUCGCUACAGUCCCUGAUUUCUGUUUGUUGAAGUGUUCAGCGGUGCCCUCGGUGUCUCGGCAUCAGCUCACUGGUUUUAAAAGCAACAUGUUCAAAAAUGAGUUGACUUUCCAUUUGCAAUUUCCUUUUUUUUCUAUUGACAUCACAAAUGUCAACUUAUUGUCAUUUCACACCAUCCAAAGGUCAUUUGAACACUUGGAUUCCAUUUUCAGUUUCAGUAUUUCUUUUAAUAAUUAUCUAUACUUGACUCUCUUCUUUUAAUUGUGUUGAAUUUUCCAUUUUACUUUUUAAUUUUUGGAUAAAAUGAUCCUCUGUGGGCUCGGAGGGAAAUCUGGGACACUGGGCACUGUCAGGGAGUUUAUCUUUAACUAAUGUAAGAUUCAAUGAGUUUCAAGCCUUUUCUCCUUUGCUGAAAUCUCUGUCUAGUUUGUCAGUUCAUUGUGGCCUCGUCAUUAAAACAA